AUGGCCUGCUGUGCUGUUGCCGCUUACAUCGUCUAUCGAUAUCUUGCACUCCAUCAAUGGGCUGUGGGUCCUUUUUUAAUGAAACGGCAACCGGCUGUCACAGACAAUGAGCACGAACCAUGGGGUAGGGAUGAACAUCUUCAAUCAUCAACCCCCGAGAAUCACACCCAAGAAUGCGUGUUGACUUUAGGAGGUCUCACAUGUGGUUCAUGUGUAUCCGAGCUCCAGGGCAUCAUCAAAGAUAUUCCUGGUGUUGUAAAAGCGUGUGUUUCCCUUAGUUUGCUGCGUGCACACAUCUCCUUCACUACUGUCACGUCACUACAGGCUAUUAUCGACGCCAUCCAUGACGCUGGAUAUGAAGCCUCUCCAUCGCCGAGCAUAGACUCGAACGCCUGGGGUAGUGUGAUGCCCGUCAUCCGGGAGUCUGGUAUUGACCGCGAUCGCGAGAUUCAUACUUGGCGUUCUGCUUUGUUUCUCUCAGCCUUGUGCUCUUCGACAGCUGCAUCUGCUAGGUAUCUGUCAAGAUUCCAAGCACUGCAUGAAUCUGGAGCAAUUGGCCUGAUUAUAAAAGUAGCCGUUGCCCUCAGCUUGGUGGCUGGAUGUAGGAUUCACUUUGAAACAGCUCGUUCCAUAUGGUUCCGCCGCAAACCCAACAUGUCUACCCUUGGCUCUCUAGGUAUUUUUCUAGCUUUGGUGCAAGCCAUUUUCAUCAAUGAUGGAAGAAAGGAAGAUUGGCUCUGUCGAUCAGAGCUGGAAGUCAUACCAAUGCUAUCCACAACUUUGCUUAGCGGCCGGCUAUUGAAGGCCAUAGUUUCUAAGGGUACUUUUGACUUCGGAACGCCAUUGAUUAAUCUUAUUCCCAGCACCGCUUCUGUUUUCCCGGGCAGCGAUGAGGGAUGUACGGUUGAAGUCCCCACGGAACUGAUUACUCCUGGGGACCGCCUACUCAUUUGUCAAGGAGAUCGAAUUCCAUGCGAUGGCAUGCUUGUCAGCGACAAUCAAGGUUCUGUGCUCGAGAACUGGAUUAAUGGUUCUACAGUCCCAAGAGUAGUCAAGCGUGGCGAUAAUGUACUUGCUGGUAGUCGCGUCGAGAAUGGACUAUUGGUUUUGAAAGCCUUAUCGUGCGGACGUUCCACCGAGCUCGGCAAGGUUUUGGAAGCUGUCAUUGAUGCAGAAAUGAGUUCUGAGAACGUUGAUGAAGAUUUCACUCCGCACUUCGUCACGGUUGCCAUCAUAUUCAUCUCCAUAUCUUGCAUACUGCUGCUAUUGCUUGUCCCCGAUAUCAGCUUCGCGGGUGCAAUGCAGCGUACUUCUUCAAUGCUGCUGGCCGCAUGCCCUUGCACGUUCAGCCUCAGUAACCCAGCUGCGAAGCUGUCGGCUACAGUCAGUGCUUCAAAAGCAGGUAUUCGGCUCACAACUAGCGGUGGACGACUCAAGAAUGCCGCCACUGCUAAUACUAUACUCUUUGAUAAGACUGGUACCCUGACACGUGGUGUCCUACGAGUUGCGCAAGUGAUUCAAAGUGAACAUUGGAGCGCUAUGCUGUGGAGUUCGAUCCGAGACUUGGAGAUGUCUAUGCACCACCCCGUGGCCUCGGCCAUUGCCACUGAGGCUUCAGAACAAAUGAAGGAUCGCGAAUACAAGGUCGACGUUGGCUUGUCCAAACGAGUCAUGGUAACUGACAUUAUACACGAGCUUGGCCGUGGAGUUCAAGGACGUGUAACAGUAUCAAUCUCCGGAUGCGAGUCAAAUUCAUGGACCUUGGCUAUCGGCAGCCCAGCCUACAUCAAGUCACUAGGUAUUGAGGUCACCCUAGCUCAGAUUCCGACAGAGCAAAGACUUGCUAUGAUGACUCCUGUCAUUGUGGCUGUUGACGGAAUCCAAGUCGGAAUUUUCGUCCUCCAGGAUACCAUUCGUCCGGAUGCUGUCACUGUGAUUCAGGAUCUGAAGAAUAUGGGCAUAAAGGUUGGCAUGGUCACGGGCGACGACUAUAGUUGUGCUAUUACCACCUCUCGCGAAGUUGGCAUUGAUACUGACAUGGUCUUUGCGGGCUGUUCGCCUAAUUCCAAGGCUGGGAUCGUCAAGGACUUCCGCCGCCAUGGAGCUACUAUUUUUGUCGGCGACAACCUGAACGAUAUCCCAUCUUUUAAAUCAGCAUCUUUCAGUAUAUGCACCCCUAAUCCAGAUGCCUGGUCCUCAGAAAACCUUCGUCUCGCCGAUGCGACUUUAACACAGACACUAUUGGAUCAAAAAUCUGAUAGGAUCUUGACUCGCGUAUUAUUUCUCAUACAUCUAUCGCAACAAACCGCGCGUAUUACCACUCAAAAUCUUUGGUGGGCGGCGGUUUACAAUACGGUUUCUCUCCUGUUGGCAUCUGGCACCUUUAACCAAAUACACCUAUCAUCAUCGUGA